AGGGCUUUAACCCUGAGAGCCCCAGAAAACAGCUUCUUCUUCAAGAAUUCAUCAAUGGCGGUUCACGUCCCUGUUUAGAGGAAAACACGCACUCUUCGCCCAAGUUCCCGACUUUCAUCUCGUUUUAUCGCUCUUUCCAUCCAUGUUGAAGGUCCUCACAUCCAACUCUAGGUUCAGCGCCGUUUCGUCGGCUUUUGGCUCCCCUGUCCGAAUUGGAACUGGGUCGAACGCGCCAUUGCUACGCUUUCUGAAUUCACUCAGAAGCUCCAGGCAAAAUGGCCCUUAUCUCUACCGGCGAUUCUUCUGUUCGGACUCUACGGAUGGGUCCGACCCGGCUGCCGAGUCCGAAGCCAAGCGGGCCGAGCCCGAAGGCGAAGAAGCUGUUGAAUCUAAAACCUCGUCCGCUAUGGUCCCAACCGUGUUCCGGCCCGAAGAUUGCCUAACGGUUAUAGCAUUGCCAUUGCCACAUAGACCAUUAUUUCCUGGGUUUUAUAUGCCAAUCUAUGUAAAGGAUCCCAAGCUCUUAGCAGCAUUAGUUGAAAGUCGAAAAAGGCAAGCACCUUAUGCUGGUGCUUUCCUUCUGAAAGAUGAGCCAGGGACUGACCCUAGUAUUGUAUCUGGCUCAGAUACAGAUAAAAACAUAUAUGAGCUUAAAGGAAAAGAUUUGUUUGACCGUCUUCAUGAAGUUGGUACACUUGCUCAGAUUUCAAGUAUUCAAGGAGAUCAGGUUGUUCUUAUUGGUCAUAGACGAAUUCGAAUAACAGAAAUUGUUAAUGAAGAGCCGCUAACUGUAAACGUCGACCAUCUCAAGGAGAAACCAUACAACAAAGAUGAUGAUGUUAUCAAGGCAACAUCUUUUGAAGUUAUAUCAACCCUGAGAAGUGUCUUGAAGACAAGUUCUCUGUGGAGAGAUCAUGUUCAAACAUACACUACACAUAUAGGUGAGUUUACAUAUGCAAGGCUAGCAGAUUUUGGAGCAGCAAUAUCUGGUGCUAACAAACUACAGUGCCAGGAAGUUCUUGAAGAGCUAGAUGUGCAUAAGCGCCUACAACUUACUUUGGAAUUAGUGAAGAAAGAAAUGGAGAUAAGUAGGAUCCAGGAAUCAAUAGCAAAGGCUAUUGAAGAAAAGGUAAGCGGGGAGCAGCGGCGUUACUUGCUAAAUGAGCAACUGAAGGCCAUAAAGAAGGAACUGGGACUGGAGACUGAUGACAAAACAGCUCUCUCAGCAAAGUUCAGAGAAAGACUAGAGCCUAAUAAGGAUAAGAUCCCAGCACAUGUCAUGCAAGUUAUUGAAGAAGAACUGACCAAACUCCAACUACUUGAAGCGAGUUCUAGUGAAUUUAACGUGACACGUAACUAUUUAGAUUGGUUGACUGCUUUGCCAUGGGGCACUUACAGCAAUGAGAACUUUGAUGUGUUAGGAGCACAGAAAAUACUUGAUGAAGACCAUUAUGGACUAAGUGAUGUUAAAGAGAGAAUACUGGAGUUCAUAGCUGUGGGAAAACUUAGAGGAACUUCACAAGGAAAAAUUAUCUGUCUUUCUGGCCCGCCCGGAGUUGGGAAAACCAGCAUUGGUCGUUCAAUUGCACGUGCUUUGAACCGUAAAUUCUACAGGUUUUCUGUAGGGGGUCUGUCUGAUGUUGCUGAAAUUAAGGGACAUAGGCGAACUUAUAUUGGUGCCAUGCCAGGGAAGAUGGUUCAAUGCUUGAAAAGCGUUGGAACAGCUAAUCCUCUAGUUUUGAUUGAUGAGAUUGACAAGUUGGGAAGGGGGCAUGCUGGUGAUCCAGCAAGUGCUAUGUUGGAACUCCUUGAUCCAGAGCAGAAUGCAAAUUUUCUGGAUCACUAUCUUGAUGUCCCCAUUGAUUUAUCAAAGGUUUUGUUUGUUUGCACAGCAAAUGUUGUGGAAAUGAUACCAAAUCCUCUUUUGGACAGAAUGGAGGUAAUUUCCAUUGCAGGUUAUAUCACCGAUGAGAAGGUUCAUAUUGCAAGGGAUUAUUUAGAGAAAGCCACUCGUGAAGCAUGCGGCAUUAAGCCUGAACAGGUUGAGUUGACUGAUGGAGCCCUUCUUGCUUUAAUAGAAAAUUACUGCAGAGAAGCAGGUGUCCGUAAUCUCCAGAAGCAAAUUGAAAAAAUUUACCGCAAGAUUGCACUGCACCUUGUCCGCCAAGGAGCAUAUAUUGAGCCUCCAAAUGCUGCAGAAGAAGCUGAGGUAAUCGAGACAGUUGAGGUGAAAACAGAUUCUGUUAGUGUAAAAGAUGAAAGUGCUAUUGAGGAAGUUACUCUAAUUGGAUCUCAGUCAGUAGAGGGGGGCAGUAAUGAAAGGGAUUCGGGAAACACUGUAGAUGCUGAAGUAUUAGAAGCACCGAAUGACCAGACAAAGAACCCUAUCGAUCAAGGAACCAAAUUAGAGGAAACUGAGAAAACAAAGGAAAGUGAUGAAGCAGCUAAAACAAUACAAAAGGUGGUAAUUGACACCUCAAAUAUAGCAGACUAUGUUGGCAAACCUGUUUUCCAUGCUGAGCGUAUAUAUGAUCGAACCCCAAUUGGAGUUGUGAUGGGUCUUGCUUGGACUUCAAUGGGUGGCUCAACACUCUAUAUAGAGACUACGAAGGUUGAGCAAGGUGACGGGAAAGGGGCACUCAAUCUCACUGGACAACUCGGAGAUGUUAUGAAAGAAAGUGCCCAAAUUGCUAACACUGUUGCCCGAACUAUUCUCCUUGAGAAGGAGCCCGACAACCCCUUCUUUGCCAAUACCAAACUUCAUCUUCAUGUACCUGCUGGUGCCACCCCAAAGGAUGGCCCGAGUGCCGGUUGCACCAUGAUCACAUCCCUAUUGUCUCUUGCCAUGAAUAAACAUGUGAAAAAGGACCUGGCUAUGACCGGAGAAGUUACUCUCACCGGAAAGAUCCUUCCUAUUGGCGGGGUCAAGGAGAAGACAAUUGCAGCAAGGCGCAGCAAUGUGAAGACCAUAAUAUUCCCCUCAGCUAACCGAAGAGACUUCGACGAGCUUGCCCCAAACGUGAAGGAUGGCCUCGAUGUGCACUUUGUCGACGAUUAUGCUCAAAUAUAUGAUUUGGCAUUCGGCGAUAACCAGAGCACUGAAAAUUAAGUUUAUCCUUAUCAUUGGAGUUUCUGUGAAACCAGGCAUGAGACAUCUAUUAUCCUUUCAUGUUAAAUGUUUGUAACAGAUUUAGAGGGGCCAUGGCUUUUGAGUCUUUGGUACAUAUUGUGCUUCAAGUGAGCUUCAGGGAAUUUAUUAUUAUUCUUUUCCUUAUCAAGGGAAAAUUGAUCUGCAGAUCAGAUUUUGUUUUUCCAAUGACAUGUACCCUCUUCUGCUUGUAAUCUCAUUAAUUUCAUAUAAUUGAAUAAAGAAGUUUAUUUAUUUA